AUGCGCCUCCUCCCCGUGCCCCUCCUCCUCCUCACGCUCCUUCCAACCCUCACACUCGCUACCUCCUCUCCCCCCUCUUUGGAGGCACUCGACAAACGCGCGACGUACAAAUGCAAGGAGACGAGCGAUUGCAGUAAAGUCGGUGCAAAGAUCCCGGCCCACUCGCACUACAGGUGCGAGAAGGCGAAGGGGAUUUGUACGUUUGGCUGCAACUCGGGCUACUCUGCCUCCUCCUCGGGAACCAGCUGCAUCAAAGCCGCUUCUUCCACGACCAAACCCGCGACUCCAACCACCUCCACCCGUCCCUCCGGCCCCACGCAGCCCCUCGCAACUCCCAAGUUGCGCAAAACCUACUCCGGCUCGUCCUUCUUCGACUCCUGGACUUUCUGGACCGCUUCAGACCCAACACACGGACUGAUCAGCUACCUCUCUCGCGCCGACGCGCUCGCGAACAAACUCGUCUCCAUCUCCAAAGCGGGAACAGCGAUUAUCUCGAUUGAUCGGACGAGCAGGCUGAGUGAGGGACAGCUGAGGAAGUCGGUCAGGAUCAGCUCGACGGAUGUGUACCAGCCGGGGAACCUGGUGAUUGUCGACUUGAAGCAUGUACCGGUUGGAUGCUCGACUUGGCCGGCUUUCUGGAUGUACAACUACCCCUGGCCUCAAUCCGGCGAGAUCGAUAUCUACGAAGGCGUCAACUCGCGCACCUUCAACUCGAUGACCCUGCACACCGCCGCGGGCUGCACGCGCAACCUUUCGACACCUAUGACCGGCAGUAUCGAUGGCGCCGACUCGAACUGUAACGCCGGAAAGGGGAACACGGGUUGCGGAGUGAUGGAUAUGGACCCGAAGAGCUACGGCGCUGGGUUCAACGCAGCGGGCGGAGGUGUGUUUGCGGUCUUGUUUGCGGAGACUGGCAUCUCCAUCUGGCGCUUUACCCGCUCCUCCAUCCCCUCGGACAUCAAGUCCGGCGCGCCUCGUUGGAAAUCCUGGGGAACGCCUGUCGCAGCGUGGGACGGCGCGACUUGCGACACGAGGACGUACUUCAAGAACCAGAUGCUUACGUUCAACAUCGACACCUGCGGCGACUGGGCCGGCCAACAAGCCGUCUUCACCUCCCCCUCGCUCUCAGGCGCCUGCUACCCCAAGUACGCCUCCUGCGCAGCUGCGAACGCCGAUCCCGAUGCGUUCAAGAAGGCGUAUUUCGAGGUCAACUAUGUCAAGGUCUUCUCGGUUUGA